AUGGAUUUUCCAGAUAUCAAAAAGAACCCUAAAACAUUGAAUAAUAACAGCAAAGACAACCCCGAAGUUGCUGAUAAUUAUUACAAGCGAAAUUACAUAAAAGGGAGAAAAAAUGAAGAAGUUAAAAUAGGCUCAAACCUGUCUACUAACAAUGACGUUUUACAGCUACCCAGUGUGCUCCACAACCAAAUUAGGAUAAUACGGACAAAUGACAGCUGCUUUAAAGACUACGUCGUUUUGAACAAUCUAGGAAAGGGCACAUACGCACAAGUAUGGAAAGUGAAGCAUAAAAUUACCAACGAAAUAUUUGCAGCUAAAUUAUUACAACCAAAUCAAUUUCCCAAGGAAUCAUUUAAUCGAAUUGUUGAAAUGUUUACAAAAGAAAUAAUCAACCUGUCCAUAUGUCAAUGUCCUGGGGUCAUAAAGUUACACAAAGUUAUAGGAGGAAAGGAAGGAUGGAUAUUAAUACAAGAUUAUGCAAAUGAUGGUACCUUAUGGAAGGAAAAUUUGUCCAGCAAUAUGACAGAAGCCUUUCUGUACUUUAUUCAACUUUUACAAGGCAUGUGGUAUAUUCAAGAUAUGAAUAUUGUUCAUAGAGAUUUAAAGCCAACAAAUAUUUUAAGAUACGAUAAUAAAAGGAUCGUCAUAGCUGACUUUGGAUGGUCUGAACAUAUCGACUCUUGCAAUUUACACCCGACUGAAUGGCCAGGGACGUUGGAAAUUAACCCCCCAGAGGUACUCAGAAAUACGGGACCCAUGACAGAAAAAAUUGAUAAUUAUGCCCUUGGGAUGAAUAUGAUUUUGUUCAUUUCAGGCAGAUUUGUGUGUAGACAAAAAGGAAUCGAAUGUUCAAAAGUCGCACAAACCAUUUUGAAAACUGUGCAUAAUUUGAGACACUCUAAACCUCCUAGCAGAUUCAGGGAAAAUCUUAAAGCGUGGGAUUUAUUCGUUAAGUUGACCUCAUCAAACCCCAGUGAACGAUUAAGCCUUCAGAAUGUUCUGGACCACCCGUGGGUGACAGAAAUGCUAAACAAUUUCAGCUUGCAGAAUUCUAAAUUCUUGUGGCAUGAGAAGGUUAAGAGCAGGUGGAUUUACCUCCUCUCCAACAACUGGAAUUUUUUCAAAAAUAUUUCCUCCAUUUCGCCCAGCGGGGCAAAUACGGCCGCUGCUACUCCACACGCGGUCUACUCAACCAACACAGUCAACGCCAUUUCCCUCCAUGCGAAUGGAAAAAUGAAGCAAAAUGUAGAUGUAGACAAGGACGACACGUCUCCUUCGAAGGGAAAUAACAAGUCAACCGUCGUCAUGGACGCAGAAAAUGCAAAGGACAAAACUGGUAACCAUAAAUAUUCACACGCCUGUCUCAAAAACGACUACGAGAUUCUGUACUAUAUGAUGAAGAAUAAUUUUAAAAAUAGAAUAAACUGUUGCUCCGUCAAGAAAAGCGACCCCUGUACCUGCAGGAGCAACGACAGCAGGACCAAGCAAAGUAGAGAUGCCAAAAGUGCCGUCAAAGCGGAUCAGAAAACGGGCGCGAAUACUUACACCAAUGAUAGGUUCUUAAAUGACGACGUGAUCGGAGCUACUUCUGCCACCUCUAUUCACAAUAACAACCACAGUUCGCACGGGAAUGGCAACGCCCUGCAUGCAUCCCCAGUCGUGUACGUGGAAGACGCCAAAAAGGAUAACUUUCUGGUCAUCGACGAUGAUGAGCAAAAUACCAACCAAGACAAUAUUGCCAAGAAGAACAAGGACGACCAUAUCAUGAAGAAGGAAAAUGAGGCUAUCGUUAUAAACGACGAGGAGGACGAGGAAGCGGAACAAGUUGGCCAAGUUGGUCAGGUUGGUGAGGCAGGUGACAUGGGGGGCAACCGCGCGGUGCAGAACAAUUACGUGCACAAGAAGAAACAACAAAUUCAUCAUAGCAGCCUCAGGGAAGAAUCCAAAAACGGCAAAGUUAGCCAAGUCAGUCAUACAGGCCAAAUGGUCAACAAGAAAGGCGUCUACCACGAAGCGCUUAGCAGGGGCCAAAAUGACCAGUUCUUGCACGAGCAGGUGCCAGACAUCGAGCAGGGAAUCACCGACGGGGAGGAAGAAGAAGAAGAUGACGAGGAGGAAGAGGAUGAAGAUGAGGAGGACGACGAGGAAGAGGAGGAAGAAGACGAUGAUGAUGAGGAGGAGGAAGAUGAUGACGACGAUGACGAUGAGGAGGAGGACGAGGAAGAAGAGGAAGACCACGAUCAACAACACCGCAGCAAAGAUCAGCGCAAUCAUAACGGCACACUGGACAGCAAAAACAACCAAGUUACCUCCCACAUGAAAAGCGGGAAAAAUAAUAACCACAUGAAAAGUGUACGAGAAAGGUGCUACAGCGGCAGCGACACGUACGACGAUUUUUUAAACUACAAGAGCAAGACAAAUGAACACGGCUAUGGAAAAUCUGUAGAAGUGAUUCACAAUGGCAACGGGAAAAGUGGUAAAAAGGGAAUGACCCCAAAAGAGGAUUCCAUUUGUCAGAAAACAAAUCGUAAUGUUACCAUUGACGCAUCGGAAGAGAAAGAAGAGGAGAAUUGCUCAAACUAUAAAAAUGCUUUGGACAGCAAAGCAGCGAAAUGGUUUUGUGCAGAAAAGGAUCAACAGAUGCAAACGGAGAAGUCAGUAAAUUAUAAAAAGAACAUGACGAGCCAUGUAGGAAAUUUUCAAGACGCAAGUGUCACCUUUUGUGAGUCAAAAAAUGUGAGAUUGUCCAAGGACCAAACGAAGGGCCAGUUGGCGGAACACGUCUGCAGGAGGGGCAGCACUGGGGAUGAAGCCAAUGGAGUUAACGUAGAGGAGACAAUGGAUGGGAAUGAGAGGUCAUGCAAAUAUGAAGGAACCCGAGAAAGGGCAGUGCCGGACCUGGAAGACCCCCAACGCCGCGGAAACAAAUGGACAAAGGGGGAAGACUCACAGCAAGAUGACCACGCAGUGGAAGGUGAACAAGAUGAUUAUGAAGCAUAUGACGAUCACGACUACGAUGAGGAUGAAGCAAAUGAGGAAGAAGGGAAGGAGGACGAAAAUUAUAUCAAAAUUUACGCCAACAAUUUCAACAUCCAUAUAAACAAAUCGGGGAAGCACAGAAAGUGCGCUAAGAACAAGGACGAGUCCUUUUCGAACAAAGUCAAUGCCAUAUUGGAGAAUUCCAAGGAGCUAAAGAAAAAAUUAAAAAAAAAUUUAUCCAGUUUGUACGAAAUGGGUUUAAACGAUGGAGGGGGAGGAGAAGGACGCGGAGGAGGGGGCCAGAGCGUCGGCGCGUAUGAACAGAAGCGCUACCAGUUGGACCCGCCGAAUGUGGACAGUGUCACCACCUGCGGGGGGAUUCGCAGUAUCAAUGCAGGUGGCAGCCGCGUCCAACUCAGCCUCAAUCAGGAAAAGGCCCCAAACGGUGAAGCGAUCAACAUGGACACAUUAGGGAAGCACAUCCAUGAUGAGAACACCUGGUCGAAAAAGAAAAAAAUGGGAAAUAAUUCUUUUUUAAUAGCGGAAGGAAAAAUUAGUGAAAAGGUCCACUAUGGCUCUGCAGAAGGUCACACCAUUGCGGAUAGAACAAAUGGGUACCACAUGGAAGACAUAAAUAAUAAACAGGAAUCCUUUGAAUGCCGCCCUGCCCAUUUGAGGGGCUAUUUCAACAAGGUUACUGAACAAUCCACUGCGUCAGAUAUUUGUGGGGAAAUGGACAAGCCUGGCGAUGUGUCCCGAAGCCGCCUCAUAGAAAGUUGCGUCAGGUAUAUGGAAGACUCGCGAGUAAAAAAUAGCCACCCAGAUCGGUUUGCUGCGUACGCCGAGGGGGAAUACGUAGGGGAUAAGAAUAAAAAGGGAUAUCUGUUGCAAGCUGGCAGGAUCGGUGACAUGGAAAAAGUGAAGAGUAAGUUGCCCAUGAAAGACAGCGAACAGAUGAACCAAACAAAUUGGGAAAUAUUUUCAAAUAAUAAUCACACAGGACAAUGCGUGAAUGAUCACAUGAACAGUAACAAGGACAAUGAAGAUGAUAAGAGGCAGCGCAUUGGAAAUAAAAAAGGUACAAUGAUGGAUGCAGUGGGGAGGAUACCAUCCAAAAGUAACCUCCACAAUUAUAACAUUAACCAAUGUGGUAAUGACAAGGGUACCAAUUACGAGUACGAAAAUGGCCUCUCAUCUCUCCUGAACAAAAAAAAAUUGCAUCGCGAAAAUCACCUCAACAGUGGUGUAGACGCACCUACCAAUCAUUACGAGGAACAAAUAAAAGCUGCUGGGGGUAAAGAUGGGAAGAGCAGCAAGCACAUGUCCCUGUCCACGAUCAUUCGAGACGACGUGAGACAACCAAGUGCAAACUCCAAACCGUGUAAUGAUCGAGUAAAAAAAAAUGAAAAAAAUUUCUCUUCCAACAAUGACCCCUCCACCCAUAUGUCAGACGAACCCAAUAGCAGCAACGACGCCAACGAUAUUAUAAUUAAUGAUUUUAUGAAUAACACGAAAGGUGGUGCCAAUUAUGAUGCAAGGAAAAAAACGGCGCAGGUGCAUAUAGGCGAGUUCGAGCAAACAGGACAUUGCGACACCUCCAGUGGAAACACAAGGCAUAAUUAUUGUGCAAGCAAAAAAGGCUACGACAAAAACGAGCAGCACUACUACUAUUACCAAACCAAGAAUUUCACAAAGUUAGCUGAACGCAAGAAUGAAGGUGCUGACCCCCAAGGUCGAAGCUUCUGCUCCGUGGCCAAUUACGACACCAGUUACGAGGAGAAUGAAUGUAAUUGUAGUAGCAGCAGUAGGGGUGUGGACAAGAGCGAGCAUUCUGGCUUUAUGAAAGUUUUGAACACGCUGGGCAUGCAGGAACAUUGCGCACACUCGAUGAGCAGCACGGGCAGCGCAGACGGCAGCGCCAGCGGAAGCCCAAGUGACAAUCGCCAUGACAAUGGCCAUCACAACCGCAGUGACGACCGCAGUCGGAACCCAUUUGUGCCGAGCAAGGCGACGGGAAAAGACAGAAAUUCAAUGAGCCUGCAAAUGGAAGGUAAGGCAGCCAACCAGGGUGCUGUCUCGCAUUGCGCCGCUAGGGGCAAUAAGACCUUCGACGAGGUGCGCCGUUCCCAGGCAGUCAGCACGCAUGCCUACUUGGAGGGAAGCCAUGAUCGAAGCGGAGGUGCGCAUAACCAUCACCACAAGCCGAGCGCGUUUCUCCACCCAACCAGCUACACCAAGGCGACCAUAAGACUCGACGAAACUAUUCGAGACAACUUUAACAAAACUUCCAGCUCCUCCACGUACGACUACAGCGAUUUCGAUUUCCAUUUUUCAUCCAACAAGGACAACAUCGUGGACUCAUUCAACACGGAAUAUAAGCUAACCACCACGAGGGAGAAGGUUACUGGGAAAAAAGAGAAGAAGGAGGAGAAGCAGGAAAGGCUCUGCUACAACCAAACGGGCGCCAGAUUCCAGGUCCACAAUUAA